GAAAUCGAAGCCUUAGGACUUAUUUUUGCACUAACACAAUUCCGCACGUAUGUUUUGGGUACACAUACAACCUGUAUUACGGACCAUCGACCAUUAACCAGCUUACUCACACGAAGAGAUUUAUUUGGACGUCUAGCGAAAUUUCAGCUCGUAAUUCAAGAAUACGACAUUGAGAUACGCUAUCGAGAAGGCCGCUUAAAUGAUGUCUGUGACGCUCUAUCCCGAUAUAUAGGACAGGAAGCCAAUGAUCCAAAACCGGAACGCAAGAAGAAAGUUCUGGAAAACAUCAACUUCAUCACGCUAAACUCAAUCAAAGAAAUCCAACACCAGACCCCAUGGAUCAAACGGUCAAUAGCCGAUAUCGAAUACAGAUCAGCUAAGAAGCUGAUUGGCAACGAUCGUUACUGCGUUAUAGAAAACCUUCUCUAUACCAAACCAGGAUUAAAGAAACCCACUCCAGCUCUUGUCAUUCCCAGGGACAAUGAACUCACUCGAAUCAUCAUCGACAAAUUUCAUAAGGAUCCCACCAUUGGAGCUCACCAGGGAAUAGCAAGAACCAAGGAUGCCAUACUGCGCCGAUUCUAUUGGACCAACAUGCAGGAAGACAUCGCGAACUACAUCAAAACAUGUCUAGCAUGCCAAACAAGGAAGAAGGACCCCAGACACAUGACGGUCGAACCGCUAGGAAAAUUCAUCAUCCCGACUAAGCCCUUUGCAAGAAUACACAUGGACGUCAUGGGACCUUUUCCCACUUCAAGGUUAAACAAUACCCAAGUUUUAACCAUACAGGACUCUUUUACUAAAUUCGCAGUG